GGAGACAGCACUGGAUCAUUUCAUAUGUGCCUGCUCAUUUGAAACUCUCUUGCUCUGGGUGCUCCAGUUUCCUCCCACAGUCCAAAGACAUACUGCCUGGAUUAGGCCACUGGUAAAGGAUACAUCACGCCAGGGACAACAGAGAUACCAGCUCUGUCUGUAUGUUCAUCAUGAAAGACCUUCUCAAGACUGCCUUCCUGCUGUGGACACUGCAAUUGUCCGUGCAAGAUCCAGCUGCUGAAAACCUGGUCUUAAGACCAGGAAAUGUCAAUGGAAUGCAGGACUGCCCCAUCAACGUGUACUUCACCAUCGACACUUCGGAGAGCGUCGCCCUCAAAGAGUACCCAUGGGGCAGCCAGGUCGAGGAGCUGAAGGUCUUCCUGAGGAUGUUUGUGCAGAAGCUGCAGUCCACCACCCUGCUAGCCAAGCAGGUCCAGUGGUCCUAUGGCGGGCUGCACUUCUCUGACCGGGUGGAAGUCUUCAGUCAGGUCACCAGCGAAGCUUCCAUCUUCCUGGCCAGGGUGAACGCUAUUAGCUACAUCGGCAGGGGGACCUUCAUCGACUGCGCCUUGAGGAACAUGACCGAGCAGGUGCAGAGAGGAAUGCUGGGAAGCAGGCAUCGCCUGCAGUUUGCCGUGGUCCUGACGGACGGCCACAUCACAGGAAGCCCCUGUGGAGGGGUCCAGCAAGCCGCGGAGGCCGCCAAGGCUGCUGGGAUCAAGAUCUUCGUCGUGGCGACCAGCUCUGACACGAUGGAGAACGAGCUCAAGCACAUCGCGAGUUCUCCUGUCGAGCUUUACCGCAAGGACUACUUAGCCUUCCCAAGUACCUCCCGGGAGUCUGCAGUCAACAGGAUCACUGAUGCAAUGGUGAAAGAAGGUUCCCGGCUGGGCGUGGUGCAGUACAGCCACCAGGGGGCCGUGCAGGCCAUCCGGAUGGACGACCCGGAAGUGACCUCGGUCGCCUCGUUCAAAGCCAAGGUCAAGGCGAUGGAGUGGAUCGCGGGCGGGACCUGGACUCCCUCGGCCCUGAAGUUCACGUACGAGCGGCUGAUCGUGCCAGGGCGGCGGCCCGGCACCAAGGUGGUCGCCAUCGUCAUCACGGACGGCCGGUACGACCCGAAGGACGUGGACAACCUGGGAGCCCUCUGCGGGGGCGUGGAGGUGUACGCCAUCGCCAUCGGCGACAUGUUCGACACCAGCGCCGAACGGCAGUCCUUGGAGAAAAUCGCCUGCAACACAAGUGACAGAGUGAAGACUCUCAGCGUGUACGCCGAGCUGACCGCUGAAGAGUUUCUGGAGGAAAUUGAACAAAUCCUUUGCCCGGAGCCGGAUCAUAUCUGCCCAGACCUGAAGUGUGCCUCGGGUAAGAAACAGUGGAAUUUCUCAUGGCUUUUGGACAUUUUCAUUUUUUAAUUGAGUCCGAAGAAAUGUGACAUUCUUGGAAAUUGACUUGUCAUGAUUAAUGUUCAUUUUCAUUUUGAUGCUGAGAUGUGGUGCAAAAUUCAUACUGUAAAUCCAUAAGUCUAAAACUUCACUUUUUUUCUUAUGCUAUAAGAAUGAUUUUUAAGUACACUUCUUGAAAAGUGUCCAUUUUAUUGAUUUCAUGUGCAGAGUUUUAUAAAAUCAUGCAGGAACUGUAACAUUUGGUGUUCCUGUUUCUUUAGACUUACUAAACUUUAGAAGUACUUUAGAAUGUACCGCAGUUUUAACUUGGUUUUCAGAGGAAUUGGUUCAUGUCUUAAAUUUGUCUUUAUAUCUAAGCUCAUUGAUCCAUUACUCGUAUAUCCAAUUCACUCACUUCAGUGAAAGAUGCUUGAAAUUUAAAUGUGGAUUUUUUUUUUUCAUUGAAAGACUUCUCCACUCAUUACCAUCACGACUAAUCUUCAUUGCUCUCAUUAGAGAACCCCGGGGGAAUUCAAGGGUGUUUUGAAAACGACGGUAACCAGUCACGAACUACAGAAAAGUAA